AUGUACACAAACCUCAAUGAGGCUUAUUUGCUCGGUCUUACAGCCGAAUUAACAAAUCCUAUUCAGUAUUUUGGAAGCGGCACAAAAUCGUUUACCACACAAACAUCCGUAUUAGUUCCCAUCGAUAUGACAAAUCAUGCUAAGCUUUUCAGCAUGUGCUCAAAAGAACCUCAAGUCAUGGCGAGUGCGUGGUGUAGAUUUCUUAAAAAUUUUCCAUUUCCCACUAGUUUCUAUGACAUUAGGCAAAGUAUCACCCUUGUGCCUUUUUCUUCUUCAACCAACAGCGGACUUUCUAUUCGAUACGAUUUGAACUGCCUCAUUAACGCCAUCGAAGCAUAUCGUACUUCGUCGCAUCCAGGGUUACCUUCCAUUGACGCGAUCGUUGUUAAUGGUGAUGACGUUAUAAGAAAAACAUUGGUUAAAUCGAGUGCGCCGUCAUAUGACAACUGGAAGUACUCCAACCUAACAACCUUAGUUUACGCGGGAGGUAGUUUGCAAUGGAAUGAUGUAGUUGAUAAGGCUCGUUUCAAUGAAAAGCGGUGGCAGAGAGGCUACGAUUUUCCAGUCUACGCGCUUGAAACCCACAAUCAAAUGCACCUCAUGAGCACUCGUGAUGACUGCCUUUCUUCUUCGAGUCUGACAUGUCAACCGCUCGGCGGGUGGUCAGUUUGGGCCACAACGGGUAACUCCUCAUGGUCUUGGAGUGAUACCCGCCAUUCCUUCGAACCGAAGACAGCAGAAGGGGCCAUCGCCUUGAUGGUACCUCUAACAACCGCCACCUUUGGCAACCUCCCCGCGCCAGGAGCGGACUCUCCGGCAAGCGGGAUAACCGCUGCAUUGGCAAUAACGGAAGCAAUCAAACGGAAGGCACCCAACAUUGAGGUAGCAACCUUUUUUUUGUUGGUGAGCACUGUGGAGCCAUUGGCAGUGCACGUUUUAUUCAGGACGCAUCUUCGGCUCUCGCAUGUGAGGCGCUUGGCAUUGAGGCAUGCCUGA